CGCUGCGGACGCGCCGAGGUUGCCGGAAGUUGGGGAGUGUAGGCACACAGGAGCAGCCGUCAUGGGGGACCCCAGACUCCCCACGCUGCAGUUCGCUCCCUUCAGCAGUGCCCUGGACGUAGGCUUCUGGCAUGAGCUGACACAGAAGAAACUGAGCGAGUACCGGCUGGAUGAGGCUCCCAAGGACGUCAAGGGAUACUACUACAAUGGUGACUCUGCUGGACUGCCGGCUCGCUUGACGUUGGAGUUCAGCGCUUUUGACAUGAGUGCCCCCACACCUGUGCAUUGCUGCCCUGCUGUUGGAACGCUGCACAACACCAACACACUCGAGGCUUUCAAGACUGCAGACAAGAAACUACUUCUGGAACAGGCAGCAGACGAGAUCUGGGAGUCCAUCAAGUCAGGUGCUGCUCUUGAAAACCCUGUGCUUCUCAACAAGUUCUUGCUCCUGACAUUUGCAGAUCUAAAGAAGUAUCACUUCUACUAUUGGUUUUGCUAUCCUGCCCUUUGCCUUCCAGAGAGCAUACCUCUCAUUCAGGAGCCAGUGGCUUUAGAUCAAAGGUUUUCACCAAAACAGAUCCAUGCCCUCGAGCAAGCAUAUGAUGGUCUCUGCCAAACAGAAGGAGUCUCGGCUCUGCCGUACUUCUUAAUCAAGUAUGAGGAUGAUGUGGUGCUGGUUUCUCUGCUUAAACACUACAGUGACUUCUUCCAAGGUCAAAGGACAAAGAUAACAGUCGGUGUCUAUGACCCCUGUAACCUAGCCCAGUACCCUGGAUGGCCUUUGAGGAAUUUUUUGGUCCUAGCAGCCCACAGAUGGAGCAGCAGCUUCCAGUCCAUUGAAGUCAUUUGCUUCCGUGAUCGCACCAUGCAGGGGGUGAGAGACAUUGCGCACAGCAUCAUCUUUGAAGUGAGGCUUCCAGAAGUGACCUUCAGCCCAGAUUGCCCUAAAGCUGUUGGAUGGGAAAAAAACCAGAAGGGAGGCAUGGGUCCAAGGAUGGUAAACCUCAGCGAAUGUAUGGAUCCGAAGAGGCUAGCUGAGUCGUCGGUGGAUCUGAACCUCAAACUCAUGUGUUGGAGGCUGGUCCCAACACUGGACCUGGACAAGGUUGUGUCAGCCAAGUGCCUGCUGCUGGGAGCCGGCACCCUGGGCUGUAACGUGGCCCGGACGCUGAUGGGCUGGGGUGUCAGGCAUAUCACAUUUAUGGACAAUGCCAAGAUCUCCUACUCAAACCCUGUGAGGCAGCCACUCUACGAGUUCGAAGACUGUCUGGGGGGUGGCAAGCCCAAGGCCUUGGCAGCAGCCGACCGACUGCAGAGAAUCUUCCCCGGAGUGAAUGCCAGAGGGUUCAACACAAGUAUCCCCAUGCCUGGACAUCCUGUGAACUUCUCCAGCAUCACCCUGGAGCAAGCCCGCAGGGACGUGGGGCAGCUGGAGCAGCUAAUUGAGAGCCACGACGUUAUCUUCCUGCUGAUGGACACCAGGGAGAGCCGCUGGCUGCCCACUGUCAUUGCUGCCAGCAAGAGAAAGCUGGUCAUCAAUGCUGCCCUGGGGUUUGAUACAUUUGUUGUCAUGAGACAUGGCUUGAAGAAACCAAAGCAGCAGGGAGCUGGGGACGUGUAUCCAAGCCACCCUGUGGCAUCUGCUGACCUGGGCUCAUCGCUUUUUGCUAACAUCCCUGGUUAUAAACUUGGCUGCUAUUUUUGCAAUGAUGUUGUGGCUCCUGGAGAUUCAACCCGGGACCGGACCUUGGACCAGCAGUGCACCGUGAGCCGUCCAGGCCUGGCCAUGAUCGCAGGAGCCCUGGCAGUGGAGCUGAUGGUUUCAGUCCUGCAGCACCCAGAAGGGGGCUACGCCGUGGCCAGCAGCAGUGAGGACCGCAUGAAUGAGCCUCCCACCUCGCUGGGGCUUGUGCCCCACCAGAUCCGGGGAUUUCUGUCACGGUUUGAUAAUGUCCUUCCUGUCAGCCUGGCGUUUGACAAAUGUACAGCUUGUUCUUCCAAAGUACUUGAUCAAUAUGAACAAGAAGGAUUUAAUUUCCUGGCAAAGGUGUUUAACUCUUCACAUUCCUUCUUAGAAGACUUGACUGGCCUUACGUUGCUGCAUCAGGAGACGCAGGCUGCUGAGAUCUGGGACAUGAGCGACGAGGAGACCAUCUGAGAGCACCGCCGAGGAGGACAGCAGCCAGGAUGGGUGAUUCCAGGCCUGCAUGUCCCCUCCCCAAGCCCAAGGACCGGGACCCUCAUCCUCAUCCUGCAUCCUCCUGAGGCGUCACCCUCCCCGUCCUGAGCUCAAUAAUAACCUUAGCUUUGGCACCACAGCCCUCUGGGCACAGGCCCUUCACGUGCAGUUGUUUUUCUGUUAUCACAGGGGUCAAGCUCCCAGGGGUAGCCACACUGAAGGCAGCACCCCUGUGCGCUCCCUCACCUGUAGGUGGGCCCUGGUGGGGAAGUGCAGUGGCCAGGCUGCCUGUGGGCUGGGGGUGGGGUAUCUUGUCUCCAGUGGGGAGGACACGGUACUCAGGGCUGCCUGCCCAGCACCAGACGUGCCUGUUCCUUCCACAUAUCCCUCCUGGUGGCUUCCUCACAUUUUGAAGUCACAGUCAAGUCUGGAGCUGCCUCUCACAGCAGAAACACAGUGGAUACCGAAAUCACCUCCCCCUGCUCACGUGGGACAACUCAGGGUUGCUGUGCCUCCACCCCUGGACGUUGAGAGCCACACACACAGCCGGCCUGGGGUUUAAGAGCACUUUAUUAUUGUUCUUAAGGCUACUUUUAAGUACAAAAAAAAAGAUGGCCUGCCAAACCUUUUUUUUUCUUCUUCUUCUUCCAGGAAAAACAGGCCACAGAGAAUGGUAUAUUACAGAUUUACACAUUUCAGAGGCGUCAGAACACGCCGCGGAUAGCCCAGGUCUGGGGACGGCCUAUCCCAGAUAGGCUGGCGCGGGGACCCGGCCACCAGCACCACUGUCCCCAAGCAGCGCCCACUCACUGGCCGAGGAAGGGUCCUCAGCAGUGGCUCUGGCCCGCGCUCAGUAGCCUGUAGCAGUAACAAACAUGUGGCUAUGAAUGCGGAUGGUGGUCUCAGAGUACCUGUGUUCCUGCACGUUUACGGACACAUCCACGACCAAAAAAAAAGAUCAACUUUUUUUUCCAAACAACAA